GAUGCAGCCUGGCAGUACUUUGCGCACUCAUUUCGGCGGCCAACGACGCGAUACUACUACCACACGGAAACUACUCAGCCUUUUGGGAUUGUACGUGACGAUACCAUCGUCGAAAGUUUUGGCGAGGAGCAUCUCUUCAACUUCAAGGUGAAGCAAAUCGUUCCGAUCCUUACUCCGGAUAUCUUCAAGGGCGAGAAUAUCGAUGGAGUUCAAUUCGAGGAGAAGGGCGCGCUCCUCGUCCAGGACAUGACGGAGCUCGUGCUUCGUGGCUGCCUCCCGAGUCGAGCGCUCGACUUUAUGGAUCGGACAUUACGCGAUCAAUUCCCACAGCAG